AAGGAUACUGCCUGCGACGAGCGUUUUUGUUCAGUGAUUAUACACCAAAGUGGAUUAUUCGAUCGAUUGUGCGACAUCGAUUUACAUGCGCGGAAAAGCGGACGGUCGCAGAAUGAUCUGAAGGAUCUGAAAGGAGAGGCGGUGAUUAGUGUGAAGUUGCGGAGAAAUGGCAGGAAGAGGAAUGUCCUUUGCUCAAAAUCCUUCGGGGACUAUCGCUACGGCUCUUGUCCUUCUGGUUUUCCUCCAAGCAACAUUGGUCUGGAAAGAGGGAACAUCAGCUCCAGGUAAACGAGACGACGUUCUAGCAGGAACGGAGUUCCUGUCAGUCUUUAUAAACGGAGCGAUGGCGCAGCCGCCGAUAAGACGUCGAGGUUCGCGUCGAGGCGGUAUAAUAUCGACGGACAACGUGGCGGCGGAGUCUCAACGUCAGGAGGCGUCGAUCUACAGGAUAUCGCGAACAUCCCGAACAUCAAGUGCACCACCGCCGCGACAGGAUGAGGAAGACGAUUCCCGGGUUUCCCCGAUCAGCCAAAAGUCCGUCGAGAGUUCGGCGAGCUUCACGUCGCUGCUGGACAACCUCUCGACGGCGAGUGAGAUCGGCUCGAUGCUGACGCCCAGGUCGGAGCCGGUUAGCCAGAAGGUAAUCGGGGUCAGUGUGACCUCGACGGUCGAAGCGACCCCGUACAAGGUUAGAGUGGAGCACCACGUCGACGACGAAAUGACAACCCCGACGACGACCCCGAUCGCCUUCGUUACCCCCCUUCCCGCCCUGACGGCUGCCGACGAGCUGAGCAACAUCGUCUCCGAGUCAAACCGCAGCGAGUUCUCCGUCGACGAGGGCGCCCCCCGAAGUAGCUGGCGACUCCGGCCCAGAACCACUACCCCGAGGACUCGAGGCUUGCGGCCCUCCCACCGCCACCACCGCAAGGAGACGGGCGAGUCCGUCGAGGCGACGGGGCCCGACGGUAAGGCCCCCCAUCCCCAGGGCCGGAAGGCGGGCCGGCACUACCAGACGCUCCUCUUCACCCAGCACCCGUCGCGGCUUUACGGAGAGGCUGAGAAGUCCUACGGCGAGCCGGCGCGGGUCUACUCGGAGCCUGCGCGGGUCUAUUCGGAGCCGGCGAAGGUCUACAGCGAGCCAGCGAAGGUCUACGGAGAACCGGAGCGCGUUUACUCCGAGCCUUCGAAGGUCUAUUCCGAGCCCGCAAAGGUCUACUCCGAGCCUGCAAAGGUCUAUUCCGAGCCAGCGAGGGUCUAUUCGGAACCAGCGAAGAUCUACGGACCUGACGGACGCCCCGUUAAACCCUCUGACGAACCGGAGGAGCAGAAUUACGAGGUUGACGAGGCCGUCAGCGUCGGGAGCAACGGCAAUGUCCACGGACUACAGGCCGUCACCGAACCCUCGGGGCCCCAGGACCCCGACGAUGGGCAUAAGGUCGGCUACGUCGUCGAGGGGAGGAACUACCGCAGGUAUAGAGUCGAGGAACGCACACCCGACGGAUUCAUCGUCGGCGAAUACGGCGUCGUUAGUCACGACGACGGAUCGCUUAGAGGCGUUCGAUACACCGCCGAUAGCAGUAUCAAUCCUCAGCUCAUUCACGAAACUCUUAUGAAGUUUCUCGCUCUUUAGGUCAUACUUUGAGAUUGUCGAUUU